AAUGGGUGGCGACGCGUAUAUAAGGAAGUAUUGAAAACGAAUUUGGUAUCAGAAUUGUAGUGAUUGUGCUCGAAACAGCAACCAUGAUUGGAAAGCUCAUUGUUCUCGCUGCCAUUGUGGCCUUCGCUAGCGCAGGUAUUCUUGGACCGAUCGCUCAUGCUCCACUUUUGGCAAAAACUGUAGUGAGCGCCGAAUUUGAUCCUCAUCCUCAAUACGAAUUCAGCUAUGGAGUACAUGAUCCAAUCACUGGUGAUUCGAAGAGCCAAGUUGAAACCAGAAAUGGAGAUUUGGUACAAGGUCAAUACAGCCUGAACGAUUCUGAUGGCACCAAACGUAUCGUAGACUACUCUGCUGAUGAUAUCAACGGUUUCAACGCUGUAGUCAGGAAAGUUCCCCACGUUGCACCCGCACCAGCACCAAUUGUCGCCGCAUACGCUGCCCCAUUGGCCGCUCACUACCACCACGCCGGUUACUUUGGUCACGGAUACGGAUACCCCUAUGCAGCAUACCCAAGAUAUUACUAAAUUAAUGUAGAAUAUGUCUGUUGACCGUUAUCUAAAUAAAAAGUUUUAAUUAAA